AUGCGCGCCGGACCCAAGCUCGCUCUGGCCACGAUCACCCUCCUCUCCGCCUGGGGCAUCGCCACCGUCCACUGGUACCAGCAGGAGGAACGCGAGGCCUUGCACAAGGGCGUGAUCCGGGAUGAGGAGCUGUACAAGCUGAAGGUGGAGCAGUUUCGGAAGGCUGCCCAGCAUCAGGGGGGCAGCAACUGA